UACUGGGCGCAUUAGGUUCAGUUUCAACAUGGACUGUGGUGGUAAAAGAGAAAUGAGCGAGUAACUUGCCAUCCGGUAAAUUUCUUAGUGUCAACUUUUCAUUGUAGGUUUCUUUGACGUCUUGUGUCGAUAUCUGACAGUUUAUGCCAUAAAUACUCAGUAGUAAACCGAGUAAUAUCUUGGCUUGCAUAUCUCUUUUGUGUUUAAAGUUAUCAGAACUCGAAUGAAUUGACUUGGAUUCACGAAAAUAAAGUGUGGUUCCUGUAGCAUUCGUGACCAGCAAUAAGCAGGAAGAGCGGGGCUUUUUGGUCUUUUCUGUUGGUUGAACAACUUUUAUGCAAUCCAACACUUUUUUUUUGUGUUGACGUUUUGACAAUUUCGAAUUAUCGUUCUCUCUUCUUUCAUUAGACCGUCAACAAUAAGUAACUUUAAAAUGAAACGAAAGCAGAGAAAACAACGAAAACAUACAAAAAAAAGACAUGGGCAUCACAGUUACAAAGACAGAUCUGCACUUGAGAAUGAGGAAUUUCAAGGCACCUUCAAAAUCAACGAAGCGAUGAGAACAAAGAAUUUUACGCUAUUGAGAGAAAUAGGCCGAAAAACUGGUUUCAUAAGUGAUCCUAUAAGACGAAGAGUUUGGCCGUUUUUAUUACAUUGCACAGACAUGGAAGCGAAAAGAGUAAAGGAAGGUUCACAUAAAGUGCCUCAUAAGGAUGAAGAACAAGUAAAGUUGGAUGUACUUCGAUCAUUCAAUUCAUAUCCAAAAAAUAUAGACGAUGACGACAGAAAAACAUUGGAAGGCAUGCUUCAUAGAGUUAUUACUCAUGUCUUACGACUAUUUCCUUCAUUCCAUUAUUAUCAGGGCUUUCACGAUUUAUCUUCCGUCUUUAUACUUCUAUUUGGUGAAAAAUAUGCUUGUAGACUUGUAGAAACAGUGGCUUUAUUCUUUUUAAGAGAUAACAUGUAUAAAAAUAUGGAACCAGUGUUGAAACAGUUGACUAUAUUAGAUACUCUGAUCCAACUGGAAGAAAUUGAACUACAUAACCAUAUCAGCGCGGCAGGUGUCUUACCAUACUAUUGUCUUUCUUGGGUGAUAACAUGGUGCAGCCAUGAUUUAGAUGAUUUAGACAAAAUUACACGGCUGUUUGAUCUGUUUUUAUCAUCCAAUCCGUUUAUGGUUGUGUAUUUCGCAGCAGCCGUUGUCUUGUCAAGACGAGAUGAAGUGCUAGCUCUCCCAUGCGACAACAGUACUAUUCACAGCUUCCUAACAAAAUUACCCAAAGAUUUGGAUGUCGACUCACUAUGUCAAAAGGCUUGCGAAUUAGAAUUGAAAUAUCCUGUGUAUAAAAUACAGUGUCUCAGUUCCGUUGCACUUGAUGAGGAAUCUGCUGUGAAUCGUUAUGAGAAAGAUUUUGUACCCAUUAAAACACUUGAAGAAUUAAACCAGGCGAUUGAAAAUCGUGUUUUACCAAUAUUACAGAAGAGCGAGCAAAGGACACCAAUAGAAUUACAACCGAUAUAUACCGAUGUACAAAGGCAUCAAUCGAGCACUCUGCUGCAAAAGCUGUUACAUGUGAACAAAAAAGAUGCAACCUUCUAUACUUUACUCACCCUAGGUGCGGGUGUUGGAUUAGUAGCCAUGUUCAUGUCGAACUCUAAUUUGUUGAGGGAAUGGUUGACAGUUGUCUAAACUGAUGAAGAAAGAUUAUAAUUUUACGCGGUUCAUAAAGAUCUUUUCAGCCCUGGUUUGACCAAAAACUUUGUGCUCUUUCCAUCUCUACAUCUUUUAGAUCGAGUAAGU